AUGCGGCCCUCCUUCAUGUGUGGUGCAGGUGGGCAGUGCCCCAGCGGGGACACCCCUGAGGGAGAUGCAGGCGAGAGGCUCAGACACCCACAGGUGGGGAAGCACCUGGGGCCGCCCCACACCCAUGGGAGGGAGGCCCCUGGCCACUGCAUCCUUGUCCACAUUGCUCCUGGGGCUGCUGCAGAGCCCCCGGGGAAGGCACUCUUUCCCUCCCCCUGCAUCCUGGCCACCAUCCUUGUCUGCAAACUCAGGCAAACCCCAAGGUACCUUCUUAUAGAGCCGGCAGACAGCAACCCCUCAUCAGGGACCUCGCCACCCUCCCAGCCGGGCACCAUCACCCCGGAGGACCUGGAGCUCCUCCUGGAGGAGGGGCUGGCCAGCUCUGAGUCCUUGAGUCUGGAAGAGAUCUCGGAGAGAUAUGAGUCAAUUUGCCUGCCUUCCACCGCUUCGGUCACAGAGCAGGACACCCCCAAGCGCUGGAAGCAGCUGGAGCAGUGGGCGGCCGACCUGCAGGCCGAGGUGGUGUUGCUGCGGGGACACAAGGCCUGCUGCGAGCACACCACGCUGAGCCUGCUGCGGGAGCUGCGGCAGGUGCAUGCCUGCUUGCAGCUGCAGGACUCAGAGCUGAAGAGGCUGCAGCAGGCGGCUCAGGCCUCCGAGAAGGAGGCUCUCCAGUUCCCCAGCCUGCAGAACCAGAACCAGAUGCAGACCCUGAACAAGAGGCUGGUGGAGGUCCGGGAGGCCCUGACCCAGAUCAGGAGGAAGCAGGCGCUCCAGGACUCUGAGCGGAAGGGCGCCGAGCAGGAGGCCAGCCUUAGGUUGUCUGAGCUGACCGAGAAGCUGAAGCAGGAGGAAAGGGACCGGGAGGUGACCUGUGGGGCCCUGCAGAAGAGCCAGGAGGAGGCCAGCCAGAGGGUGGGCCAUGAGGUGGCCAGGAUGCAGGCCCAGAUGACCAAGCUCAGGGAGGAGAUGAGCCUCCGCUUUCUCAGGAGGGAGGCCAAGCUAUGCAGCUUCCUGCAGAAGAGCUUUCUGGCCCUGGAGAAGAGGAUGAAGGCCUCAGAGAGCGCACAGCUGCGGGCGGAGAGCAGCCUGCAGGAGGAUCUGGAGAGCAAGUGGCAGCAACUCCGGGAGCUGGACGCAGAGCGCACGCGGGCCCUGCAGGGGCAGAGGCAGGAAGAGUGCCACCUCCUGGAGCAGUGUCGGGGCCUGGACAAGGCUGUGGUCCAGCUGACCGAGUUCAUGCGUCAGAACCAAGCAUCACUGAGCCAUGUCCUGCUGGCCGAGCAGAAGGCCUGGGAUGCUAAGGGGCAGUUGGAGAACAGCCGGGCCGGAGAGCUGGCUACCUACCUGCAGGAGAGCCUGGAGGCCAUGCAGCUGGCCAGCGAGCUGGCCCAGCAGGAGAUGCACAGUGCCCUGGAGCUGCUCCGAGAGAAGAGCCAGGCCCUGGAGGUGUCCGUGGCUGAGCUGGUCAGGCAGGUGAAGGACAUGAGUGACCACUUCCUGGCCCUGAGCUGGAGGCUGGACCUGCAGGAGCAGACGCUGAGCCUGAGGCUGUGCGAGGUACAGAGUGAGUGGGGAGUUGCAGAGCAGCGAUGGCAGGAAGGCCUGGCCCGGUGUCGAGAGGAGGCCAAGGCGCAUCUACGGGAGGUGCAGCAGAGAGUGGACAUCCUGCCCCAGCAGAUAGAGGCCGUCGCCGACAGGUGCAUCCUUCACAAGAGUGACUCAGACCUCAAGAUCUCCACCGAGGCCAAAGCCAGAGAGUUCGAGGGCGAGGCCGUGAGGCAGGAGCUGGCUGCUCUGCUGUCCUCUGUGCAGCUGCUCAGAGAGGGCAACCCCGGGCGGAAGAUCGCCGAGAUCCAGGGCAAGCUGGCCACGUUUCAGAACCAAAUGAUGAAGUUGGAAAGCAGCAUCCAGGACAACAAGACCAUCCAGAAUCUCAAGUUUAAUACAGAAACCAAGCGGCGCACAGAGGAGAUGGCCACUCUGCGGUCAAGCGUGAUGCACCUGUGGAGCGAGGAGGGCCCCGGCCCUACGCUAGGCAGCAGGAGGGUCCUCAUGUCCCUGGUGAGGCAGCAGUUCUUCAUCAAGGACGUGGCCCCUGACGAGGUGGUCCCCGUGAACCACUGGGGCGUGUAUCAGGCCGUGAGGUGGCUGCAGUGGAAAGCGGUCCUCAUGAAGCUGGUGGCCCGGCGGAGGCCGAGGGCGGUCUGGGAGAAGCCCCUCGGCUAGAAGCCCGACCACUAGCUCUCGUCCCUGCCCCUUUCCCAGAAAUAAACAUGCCCGCCCCACGCCUGUCAGAGGCUGGAGUUCCCUCCAGGGGUUCAGGAGGCCCUGGGCAGGGGAGUGGCCAAGAGGACCUUCCCUAGACUCCCAGAACCCCUGCUCCUGUCCUGGCUGCUGAGCCUCAGGCCCCACCGCUCCCCAGGGCCUCCCACCCACAGGCACUGCGGCCCAAGCCCCACCCGGAGCCAACAGCGCGUUAGCUUGGCCACUCAGACGGUGACCCCCUUCCUGCCCCUCCAAGAAAGCCCUCACCCCCAUGGUAGCUGGCCCUGCCACCUGCCGCGGGUGCCACGAGGAGGGGCCACCCUGGGGCCAGCUGGGCGGGCAGUGUGGAGGGCUGCCCUUCACCACUGACUGG